GAAUAAAUGUUUUUGUUGCAAAUGGCUUAGGCUUCGAUGAUCUGAUCCCUGUAGCAUUUCGUACAUCACUGGCUCUGUGUUACUUUCUUGAGUUUAUAUUAUUUUUGUCCCUUUGUUUUCUUGAGCUCAUCUAUGGCUUUUCUGAUGAGGGACUUCCCGCGAACUUUACGAAGAUGAGGUUUUGUGUGGGUAACGCUAAAUUCGUUUCUUUGAAAUAUAGAUGUAGUGUUCAUUGAAUAUUGUUUUACAGAUUAUUGAAGUCAUGAACUAUUGGAUUUAACUUUUGCUGUCUAUCUGUGCUUAGUCCAUUUCCAAUGACUUGGUUUUCCCCUCUGAUUGGCAACUCUGGAAUGCUCUUGUCUUCAAAUGCGGAUCUCUCACGAUUUCCUUUGCUAGUCUAUAUUCACAGAAUUAUCUGAUUUGAGGGCGUGUAAAUUUGACAGGUAGCUCUAAACCAGCACAUGUAAGUCAAAUUUGGACAAGUUUGUCUCGGCCAUUCAGUUCAAGACCUGCUGGUAACGAUGUCAUUGGUAUUGAUUUGGGUACUACCAAUUCAUGUGUUGCUGUUAUGGAGGGAAAAAAUCCCAAAGUCAUUGAAAACUCUGAAGGAGCUCGUACAACACCAUCUGUGGUUGCCUUCAACCAGAAAGGAGAGUUGCUUGUUGGUACUCCAGCCAAGAGGCAGGCUGUGACCAACCCAACAAACACAGUUUUUGGAACCAAGCGUUUGAUAGGUAGGCGAUUUGAUGAUGCUCAAACUCAAAAGGAGAUGAAGAUGGUCCCAUUCAAGAUUGUUAAGGCUCCAAAUGGAGAUGCAUGGGUUGAAGUUAAUGGGCAGCAGUAUUCUCCUAGUCAAAUUGGGGCUUUCAUUCUCACCAAGAUGAAGGAAACUGCAGAAUCAUAUCUUGGAAAGUCUGUCUCAAAAGCUGUAAUCACUGUACCUGCUUAUUUCAAUGAUGCACAGAGGCAGGCAACAAAGGAUGCUGGCAGAAUUGCAGGGCUUGACGUGCAGAGAAUUAUAAAUGAGCCCACAGCGGCUGCACUUUCAUAUGGGAUGAACAACAAGGAGGGUCUGAUUGCAGUUUUUGAUCUUGGUGGUGGAACAUUUGAUGUUUCCAUUUUAGAAAUUUCUAAUGGUGUUUUUGAGGUGAAAGCAACAAAUGGUGACACUUUCUUGGGAGGAGAAGAUUUUGACAACGCCCUGUUAGACUUUCUAGUGAGUGAAUUUAAGAGAACUGAGAGUAUUGAUCUUUCAAAGGAUAGACUUGCCUUGCAGAGACUCAGGGAAGCUGCUGAGAAGGCUAAAAUAGAAUUGUCCUCCACGUCUCAAACAGAAAUAAACCUGCCUUUCAUCACUGCUGAUGCAUCUGGUGCUAAGCAUCUGAAUAUCACAUUGACUAGAUCUAAAUUUGAGAGUUUGGUGAAUCACUUGAUUGAAAGGACGAAGGCGCCCUGUAAGAACUGCUUGAAGGAUGCUAACAUAUCCAUCAAGGAUGUUGAUGAGGUUCUUCUAGUUGGAGGGAUGACCCGUGUGCCUAAAGUUCAAGAGGUUGUUUCUGCGAUCUUUGGAAAGAGUCCUAGCAAAGGAGUUAAUCCUGAUGAGGCUGUUGCAAUGGGAGCUGCUAUCCAAGGUGGUAUCCUUCGUGGAGAUGUUAAGGAGUUGCUUCUCCUAGACGUGACACCACUGUCUUUGGGUAUUGAAACUUUGGGUGGCAUCUUCACUAGAUUGAUCUCAAGGAACACUACAAUUCCUACCAAGAAGAGUCAGGUGUUCUCAACCGCAGCAGACAAUCAAACACAGGUGGGUAUCAAGGUUUUGCAAGGUGAGCGUGAAAUGGCUGCUGACAACAAAAUGCUCGGAGAAUUUGAGCUCGUUGGUAUCCCCCCUGCCCCAAGAGGCAUGCCUCAAAUUGAGGUCACAUUUGACAUUGAUGCCAAUGGGAUUGUGACUGUAUCUGCCAAAGACAAGGCCACUGGUAAAGAGCAACAGAUCACGAUUCGGUCAUCUGGAGGACUCUCUGAAGAUGAGAUUGAGAAGAUGGUCAAAGAAGCCGAGUUGCAUGCCCAGAAAGAUCAAGAAAGAAAGGCCUUGAUUGAUAUCAGAAACAGUGCAGAUACUACUAUCUACAGCAUUGAGAAGAGCUUGAAUGAGUACAGAGACAAGAUUCCAAGUGAAGUUGCCAAAGAGAUUGAGGAUGCAGUGGCAGAUCUGAGGACAGCAAUGUCAGGGGACAACGUGGAAGAGAUUAAAUCAAAGCUUGAUGUUGCAAAUAAGGCUGUCUCCAAGAUUGGCGAACACAUGUCGGGUGGUUCCAGCAGUGGUUCCUCCUCUUCCGGCGGUUCUCAGGGUGGUGAUCAGGCUUCUGAGGCAGAAUAUGAGGAGGUCAAAAAGUGAGAGAUGUAGAGUGGCUUUGGGUAGUUUCUUGUCGGCUAAUUCAAACCUUUAAGGAAAAAGGAUUAGGGUCUUGUUCUUCCUAAACACGCCAUAGGGGAUAGGGGCCAUUUAUACUUGAGGCGUUUCAUUUGUUAAAAACUUGUUGAGCAUUGAACUUGGCUCUUCUUAAUGAUGCUGAAAUUUUGUCCUUGAAUUAUUUAUUCAUUGAUAAUCGACCUCUUGUCUGUAUUA